AUGUCCACCUUUGACGGAUUUGUCUCCGAAUUCCCCGACAUUCAGAUCGAUUACUUCCGCAAAAGUCCCGAACGGCAACCGUUGGCCUGCUUCCUGAGCCAUGUCCAUAGCGACCAUCUACAGGGUCUAGAGUCCUUUCGGGCUCCGUUCAUCUACUGCUCUCCCGCCACGCGCGAACUACUGCUGCGCAUUGAGAAGUAUCCACAUCGGAUGAACUUCCACAAAGGCAUUCUCGAAUCUCGUCGCCUGCACUAUAGACAUCUGGCCAAAUUACUGCGACCAAUUCCUCUCAAUACCCCAACAGAGAUUGAACUGACACCCCGACGCCGUAUUCGGGUCACAUUAUUUGAUGCUAAUCACUGCUCGGGGGCUGUGAUGUUCCUGAUCGAGGGAAAUGACAAAGCGAUCAUCUACUCCGGCGACAUUCGAGGCGAGCCCUUCGUUUCCAAAUCAACUGAAAAAUGGUGGGUUGAUGGCUUGAUCCGUAACCCUUUUCUGAUACCGUAUACGCUGGGUCGCAAACGGCUGGAUAAGCUGUAUCUUGACACCACAUUUGCUCAAAGAUCCAAUCCUUUCCGAGAAUUUCCAUCAAAAGCGGAAGGGCUUGCAGAACUCCUUCGCAAAGUCGAGGCCUACUCGGACGAUACUGUCUUCUAUUUCCGAGCAUGGACUUUCGGCUAUGAGGACGUCUGGUUGGCUCUUUCAGCGGCACUGGAGACAACGAUCCAUGUGGACCGUUAUCAGAUGGGACUUUAUCGAUCUCUUGCAAAUAUCUCUAGUAGCAAAGGUGUGAAUGAAGGCCCAGCUCUUUGUGGCUUUGACCUAGGCAACAAGGCUGUGUCAGGGUGUCUGAGCGAAAAAGAGUCCAGCAGAGUUCACAGCUGCGAGCCUGGUGUAUCAUGCCACGCGGCUCGCGGUUCGCAAACCGUUUACAUCACGCCCAUUGUCACUCGAACCCAGGACGGUGCCGAAAUGCCCGAACUUGGGGCCGGUGGUGGAUUUGGUGACCUUUAUCAGGUUCACGAGCUCGAGCUGCCAGACGAGUCUACGCUUGCUCAGUUGGAGAAAUUAUGUCUCCAGCAGAUCCACGAUAAGGAACGUUCAUCGCAGAUGCAAAAGGCACUCCUAGAGGCAUUCCGGUCAAGGAAGAAGGCGCUGUCACUUGAUGUUUAUGGUGUUAAAGAAGAAGGCGAAAUGUCUCUCGAGAAGCUUGUGGAUAUGCUCGGUCAGGGUGUGUCUGACCUAAACUCCAAGCAGGAUCUGCCAAACACUAUUCGGUUUCCCUAUUCCCGACACUCCUCCUAUUCCGAGCUAUGCGAGCUCGUGGCGGCGUUUCGCCCUAAAGAUAUACAUCCUUGUACAGUGGAUCCAUCCACUUGGAACGAGGACAUCUCCAUCUGUCGUCUUUUCGGUCACUUAUGUUCAGGAAGUCACUUUGCACACGACAACUUUAUGCGUCAAACUAUCGGCCAAAUUGAAGACGAAGAUAUUCAACGCUCUAAGAAGCGGGUUCGAUAUGAAGCAGACAUUCUAACUGAAUCCUCACAGUCCAGCAACAUGAUUGAAGACCAUGCGAGUACCGGCACCUCAGAACACCAAACCCACGUUGUUCUAGACGAUACUGUCGAGUAUCCAUUCAACACUAGCCAACCAACAACCACCUCACAACCCUCAUCAGACUACGAUCUAGAAAGAGCCAAACGUGCCGAAAUUCGAAAAGCACACCUCUACCUCAAAGAACAUGCCGAUCCAUCAAUUCUCGAUAUAGGUCCCCUCCCAUCCCCGUCGCCAGAAAUACAAACCAGAAUCCCAGCUUCAGGGCCAAGCCUUGACGAAUCCACCAUCUCCUCAGUCAGAGACAACGCCUCAUCGCUUCUUCCACACGAACCUUCUCAAGUAAAAGACAGCCAACACACAGAUCUACUCAGUCUCUCAAUCACCGAGUCAGAUCUCAACGGCUCGCCUCCCUCGGAGUCUAAGCAGGGUGAAGAAAGAACUCGAGAUCGUAUUGCGCGCAGGCGUUCUCGUGUUGCAGCGUACCUUGCUGCGAGAGACGAUAGUUGGGCUGAUAUUUCGCUGGUAUCGGCAGGGGAUAAUCAUGCCGAGGAGGAGAUGGAGUUGUAG